ACCUUCCCCACAGUAUUUGUACCAGAAGUGUAUAAGUGUUUUCCACAAUCCACAAGGCUUUUGUGACAUUUUGGGUUGUUCCUCAACCACAAACCACAAGGCGAAGCGAAUCUCUCAGAACCAAUAUGUUCGUGACCUUCAGGAAUCUUUUCAGAAAACCAUAUUCAUUCCCCAAGAAAAGGCCAUAGGAGCCUUACAUUUAUCCCUACAAAUACCGGACUGCCUGGCCCACUCGAACGGAGGACUUUAUACACAAAAACACUCCACCCCAUAGGACGGACACUGCUGGAUCUUUUCUCUCUCUCUCUCUCUCUCUCUCUCAACAGCAUCGCAUAUCCUGCGAGUAUUUUUUUUUGGCAGUUCCACAAUCCACAACAGGGACAGGGCUUCGCCACAUAUCCUGGAGGCUGCCCAAAGACCAGAGGAGACAAAAACAGAACCACCUUUUGGAGUCACCCGUUACACUGAUUACUUUAUUGUUUUGGAAACCCUUGGAGACCACAGACCAAAGAUACCUUCUUCGCUACAUUUUUAAACUGAUCGCGAGGUGGUCAAGUACAGCAUACUUUUAUAUAUCUACCUUGAUAGACCAUCAACCCACGAAAAAGUUCAGAUAUCGUCCUGACACACUUUUACCCCGUCAACCAUCUCCAAAGCAACGCCGUUACGAAGUAGUCGUCAUCGCAAAUACCAAUCACUCACAAUCGAUCGCAUGUACCUUGUUGACGUCUCGGCCCCACAUCCCCACGAGUACCACCAAACAACCAAAGUAAACAAAACAACACACCAAACUCUGCGCCGAUUACCUGCUGUUUCGCCGUUUUACUCGCGCGACAAGUAUUUGGCGGUCAAGAUCCAGCCAGUGUUGGCGCCUUACAUAUCGACCGCGAAAAAAUCCACAUUCCAGCCGUAGCCUGUUGCAGCCGACCUUUACCUGCGUGUCAACGUCAGGGAUUAUAAACACAAAAAGGAUAUCUCCGUCUCGACUCUCCCCCAAGGAGACGGUCGCGACCUGGAGAUAUACCCUACACCGAAUUACAAAUGCCGCCAGCCGUAAAAGUCGAUCUCGACAACCACUCCCCGUCGAAUAGCUCUUCUCGAUCUUCCUUCACGGGAGGAAGCUCAACAGACGAUACAUGGGAUCCAAUAUACCCCGAAGACCCCGAGCCGUCGGAGCCUGCUUCCCGUUCCAGACAGCAGCCGAUAUACAGGAACUCGAGCCAACCCGCUCCCUCGAUCCGUAGAGGCUCCUCUCGAAGGCAGACAUCGUCGUCUGACCACAGCUCUCGCCACCAGCAACCACGCUCGCAUCGGCCAAGGCCGAACCCGCCAUCGAGUGUGGCGUCCAUAGAGGACUACCCGGGCUAUGGCCGAGGCUUCCCAUCGCAACAUCCUCAAUAUGGCGGCAGGGCGCCGCCGCCCCCGGCAGGAUAUCCGCAAAGCUUUGCCUCCGGCUACACUGUAGGUGCGCCGCCACCACCUUUCCCUGGAGCGGCUGGGCCGGUAGUGCCGUUCGGGCCUCCUCCUAGCUCGCACGGGUACCCCCAGAACCCCUUCUCACCCGCCGCCGGGGUUGGCCAGCAAGGCUACUAUCCGCCAGGGCAGCACUAUCCUCCCGGCCAGCAGCCACUUGGCGGCUUUGGUGGGCAUGAAAUGAUGCCAUACGGGCAAGCGCCACCAUAUGGCGGCUACCCCCAAUACGGGGUGCCGCAUCAAGGCCAAGGAACAUCGGGAAGCCAAUCGCCUUAUUAUCACUAUUCUCAGCCGGUCCCGCCUCCCCACGAGUCGCCUGCGCCAACUCCAGCCCCGGCACCUGCGCCGGCGACUCCAGCACCACCUCCCGCGCCUGUUGCCGACCCCGAAGUGGAGAAGAAGUUGGCUGAACUUCAAAAGGCACUUCAAGAAUCGCGAAAACUUUUCAACGACAAGGUGGCGGCAGAGCAAAAGGCGAAGGAUGACGCCGAACAUACUGCCGCCACAAAUAAGAGGGUCGCCGAAGAAGUUGCCAAGAUGAAGGCAACGAUGGAAGCAGCGGCGCGAGCCAAGGAAGUUGCUGACGCGAAAGCCAAGUUUGAUGCUGAGGUUGCCGCCGUGCAGAAGGCAAAGGACGACGAGAAGAAGGCAAAAGCUGAAGCCGAGGCGAAGAAGAAGUACGAAGCAGAUUUGAAGGCCAAAUUUGAGGAGGAGAUCAAGGUGGCCAAAGCUGAAGCAGACGCCGCGAAGGCUUUAGCUGCCCCGCCGAAGGAGGUGAAAAAGAAGCCGAUCAAGUUCAAGGAUGCUGUUGGCCGCAAGUUCAGUUUUCCGUAUCAUCUUUGCCAAACAUGGGCAGGAAUGGAAGAUCUCAUUCGACAAGCAUUCCUUCACGUGGAAGUCAUUGGCCCUCACGUCCAGGAAGGCCAUUAUGACCUGAUUGGACCUAAUGGCGAGAUCAUUCUUCCCCAAGUAUGGGAAACGAUGAUUGAACCUGACUGGGCAAUUACGAUGCACAUGUGGCCUAUGCCAGAGCCUCCAAAGCCGGAGCCUGGCCCACCGCCCGUGCCAGUUCCCCAAGCUCAUGGGAAACGACACUCGCAGAAGGCGGCGCCUAGGGGCCGAGACAGGGGUCCACCACCACCACCACCACCACCCCCAGCUGGCGGUUGGCCUGAUUCAGGUCCUGGAGGAAUGCCUGCGGUCAUGGUGAUAGAUGACAAUGUUCCGAAGAAGAAGAAGACAGAGAAGUCAUCUUGGGGUCUAUUUGGAGGAGGUGGAAGCAAACCUGCGAAGGGUGGGAAGGGAAGGGCAAAGAAGGGUUGAGAAUAAUGCUUUUUGGCAAAAUAUUAGCCACGUUUGAAGAAACUAAGGGGCGGGGGCCGUCAUGGACGACGGCUCUACGCAGUCACGGUCUGGUAGAGCACAGGCGACUCAGAACUGCGCCAGCCAAGUUGAGAUCGCAAGUUCUGGUCACGACGCUCCAAGAGGUAGACCUGGAGCAUUUAUGUCUCGCCGACACGUGGGGGGAGGGGAAGAAUAUGUAGCAAAUUUACGACUUUAUUUAUCGAUGUAGCAUUUGGGAUAUAUGGAGUUGUUAUACCCUUGUUGGAGGAUUUAGAUUCGAUGACUAUUUAUACGACCUGUUAUUAUAUGAGAAUGAUGUGAAUUAAUAUACGAGAUGUGAGAAGUUUGCAUCAGUGAGAGCGAAUGUUGGAAUUUGGAAUUUGUAUGUACAGUAUUAUAGGUUUUCGGACCGACCCCCAACGCCAUUUGUAUGCAGCACACUCAUUAUCGUUGCCUUCUUCUGUUGCAGCCUUUCAUCCCAGCCAUUCAUCAAGUUACAAUUCGAAGCCGCUACUUCUGCCUUGGGCUGUCCAGCAACAACUUUGCCCUCUUCUCAAAUGCCUCAAUCAUAACCUCUGCCAGUUUUGGAGCAACCGCUUUACUCAGAGAUCCAUACAAUGGGUUUGAGAAUUGAAAUUCGAUCGCCAGGUUCACCUCUGUGAGAACGCGAGAGACUCCAGACGUAGCGGGUUGUCCUAAAAGCGGCUUCACCGUCCACCUCGUUGAUAACCGCUUGAAGAUGUUAUUGGGUAUAGCAGGAGACUCUAUUCUCGAAAGGCGACCAAGUGAAUGCUGUUUUGAAACGGCGGGCACAGCAUCACCCCCGAGGGCCUCGACAAUGGUGUCUGAGACGCAAUUGAGCUUGCUUGUGAAUGUCUCCUCAAACCCUCCCCACCCAACUUUCAAGUCUGCUUGCUCGGGCCAUCUCUUCCCCUUGGUAUCUGGUUCUGACCAUUUUGUGACUCGGGAUUCUUGACAAUAAGGUAUGAAGCUUGAAUAGAGGUCCACGUCGGCGAUCAGGGUAUAUAAACUUGACGAUUCGUACGGGAGAAUUCGAGUUUCCUUCAGAGUAAUGAGUUCGGAGCCUGGAAGGGUGAGAAAGCUUCGUCGAAUUGGCGCAACUGGGCGAAAGUUCUGGGGUCUGACAGAGGAAAUGCGGCGCAUAACUCGAAGUGGAAUCGGACACGCCAUGGUGGAAGGUAAAAAAAAGAGAGUUAUUGAUCGCUUCAAAAAACAAUUUUCAUUAUGCUAGGUAUUCCGCCCCAGGUAAUGUACACAUGAAGUCGCAGACAAAAAACAUUGCGAUAUUUGGAAGCUAGAUAAACUCACCAGCCAGCUAACUGAUCCCUGUCCAUUUCCUUCCCGAAACUCGCUUACAUAAUGAGCCGCACCUUAAAUACGACAAAAAAGUUUUUGUGUUCUUGACAAAAACCU